AGAGGACAAGUCCUGAGAGCGUCUCUGCCCGAGCUGAAGUGAUUAAAAUGGGGCUUCGCAGACUGACCAGGACGUGGGUGUACAUGACAGUCUGCCUUCUGUGGGUGACUGGAUGUUUCGCGCAAAAAGUAUACUUUGACUGUGGAGCCAAGGUGGAUGUUGUGGAUGUACAGGGCCUCAUUCUGUCACCCGGCUUCCCGUAUAACUACUCAUCUGGCACUCACUGUGUUUGGCAGUUUUUUGUGCCCGCCGGCCACCAGCUGAUCAUGGAGAUGUUUGAUUUUGAUGUCUUUGAGAGUCACAACAGUCCUACCACAUCAGCAGACAUUGUGGAAGAGGUACCGAACGAUGAAGGUACACUGCUAUCACAAGGCCUUGCUAUUAGUCAGAGCAUGGGGAGUCCAAUCAAAGAACCCCACUCCGCCCACAGGGAGGAAGUCAAGCAAGUGGUUGUCCCGGAGCAGUCCACCAAAAUAGAGAUGACCAAAGUUUCCAAUUCUGCCAAAACGCUCUCAGAUUCCCUGUCUGCAGUACCCUUAGAUUCACAACCUUCUCUUUCAUUAUCUGGAGCUCAGACAGUGGACGAUAAGGUCAGGAAUUCUGCAUCACCACAGGCAUCCAGAGCAGGUAGUGACCCUACAGAUGAAAUGGGUCACUUUGUCUCUGCAAGCCCAAGUACAGCUACAGAAAUGGAUGAAACUAUGAGCCCUGAUACCCAACAACCUUUAACUGAUGCUUGUCCCUAUGAUGUCCUCUAUAUAUCUGAUCUCAUCACCUUCUCCUCACGAUUCUGUGGCUCUAGACGCCCUUCUAGCAGCCAGUUGGUGUUUGGGUCAGACGAUGAGAUGAUGGAGGUCAUCAUGGAGUUGAUAACCACAACCCACUGGGGUCGUGGUUUCGCUCUGCUCUUCCAUUACCAGAAUCAAACACAUGUGGCCACAACUGGACACCAGAGAUCGGUGUUGACCUCAGAUGGCAGCACUGGCGCAUUGCUCUGUGCAGUAAGUGGAGCUGUCGUGAUUUCUCUGGCCCUUGCUGGCACCCUCUGUGUGAUUUUCAGACCUAAACUUUGUGCAAAAGGAGCCAAUGCUUCCUCGUCCAUCAGCUCAGAGGUUCCAGAAGGAGUGAUGAAUUCAGCUGCAGAUGUGAGUGAACUACAGAUGGUUUCUUCUAAUCACUUGGAGCAGCAGCAUAGUACAUUGAACGACAACAACAACCAUUCCCUCCACCACAGUCUGUCCCACACAGGGUCAUCAAUCAAUGGAGCAUGUGAUGUAUCAGAGAAAGCUGCUCUAGAGAUGUUCUCCAGUGGCCUGACAGAAGUAGAGCUGGGCACAGAUGAAGUUUUUGUGAUAGCUUCUACACCCGCUUCAGUUAAACUGCACUUCUCUCCACACACUCAACGCGAGCGUUUCUUGAGACACAGUGACACGGGACCCAGUCGCACUGGAUCGGCCAAUAGUGCACGACCACGAGCGUGGAGCGUCCGAACCUUCCAGGAUCUCCUUCCUCCACUUCCUCAGCUCCAUAAGAAAUGGUGCAGUUGGAACUCCACCAGUCCCUUUACCAAACUGGUGGACCAUGGACUCCCAAGUGCAUCUACUGAUGCUCACAACUGUAGAAUGGCAAAGGUCCUUUCUGACACUCCACUUCAGAGCCCUGACCAUAGCUGCCAAUCUGACUCCUUCAUGAGUAAUGCCUCGUACCCCCUGACUCAACCUGCACAGCGACAACGGCGGCUCAACUCUACCAGCAACCUCCGACGCACCCGAUUCAACGCACCAUGUUUUGGCCUCCUCUCUGGAGCCUCCGAAUCCUCCAAGCCACAAGUGGCCGCUAUUGUUAAUGGAAUUAUGACCAUAAACCAGCUCACUGAGACCACCAGUGCCACCUCAGGCCAACAGCAAGCCCAGGGUGAAGUAUUAAGUGCAGAGGAUGUCCAUGUCACUGUCCCAGUAUUUGCUAUUUCAGAAGAGGAAGAUUGUCAGCCUCUCGUAUUAGCAGAACAUCACAAAAAGCCUUUGAAAAUCAAUGGGCACACGUGUGAAGGCCCAAAAAUGCCACUGCUAUCAAAAAGCCAGAUCCCCAACAUCCAACCAACAGAUCACUCAUUAGUGAGUGGACGAGGCCCAAGCCAUGGUGGGGCGUUACCUCUUGAAAAGCAGGGCUCUUCCACUCUCUCAGGUUAACAGAGACUCGGAAAUACAAAGUCUGCCAUGUAGAGAAGCAAUUUGCUAUUUUAACCAGUGUCAAGCAGUUUCAGCCAAUAGAUGAUGUCAGCAGGACUGAAAUUUGAUUGGCUUUCACUUAUGAGCUGCUCUCAAUGUCUUCUGGUAGCAAGUCAUGAAGCAGGUGUUUGAUUUUUGGAGGUGUUUAUUAUAAAUGUUGCCGUGAUUGAUAAAAAUUCUGUUUUGUUAAAGCACUUGUUAUUGUUCUUCCGAGCCAUCAGUUUUGUAUUCGCACAGUUCAUUUGUUAAGUAUAUAACAUCUAACAGUAUAUUUUGCAAUUGUUUUGAAAUAACUUGCAUAUGUAUAUGAUAAAUGUUUAAACGUGAACACUUAAUGCUUCACUCACUAGUGGGAGUUUAAGAAGUUGUAGGCUGACUGUAUUGUUACUUUCAUUAUGAAAUUCCUUAGAUUGGCUGUAUGAACAAUACGGCUUGUUCCUAAUCUCUUUGCAACAUGUAAAAGACCAAUUAGCAGGUCUGGUAGAAAGAUGCUUGGCAUCUCUUGCAACUUCCAUUCAUGAUUUGUUUUUGUUUUUUUGCAAUUCACCAUGGGUCCAAUAUGCUUUUUAAUUAUACGGUUAAAAAGACUUUUUCCAACUGUUUUUGACUGAACAGUUCUAUGACAUCACAACUGUUUUUCCACCUAUAUCUCACUUAUUACUAUGUGCCUUGUGGCAAUCAUCUAUGCUGCUUAAUUUGCACUGAUGCAAUAAUUGAAAGUGUAUACAAUCAUAUUUUUAUAAUGUUUAAAAUGUCAUAUGCUGCAACAGUGUUUCAAUUGUAAUUUGAAAACAAAAAUGCAGUAAUACUGUCAACUGUGUAUUGAUUUUGCUCUUGAAAUAUAAAGGGAACUGAUCACUAUACAAACUUUUAAAAUGCAGUAACUAACACAAUGCAAAUAAAUAUUAGUGAAAUUGUUCAGAUGCUGUAUGAACACAAACUCAAAUAUUGCAGACAAAACUUACAAAAGACGAAACGAUAAUUUGAUGCAUGUCUUUUUUUUAUUAGUGCAGUAAAUCAGACAAGGUUUUAGUCUGAGCAACAGAUUUAUUUUUAAGCAUUACUAAAAAAGGAGGCACAGCAAGCUCCAAAUCAACUCUAUGAAACUUGAACAGUGCUAUUAUAUGUGCUUCCCUAUAGUUAUCAACUACUCAAAAACUCAGUGAACCCUAAAGUUUAAACUUUGAUGAGGUGGGACAAACACCCCAUUUUCUGAAAAAGAAGGAAAAAAACCUUCCAAACUGAUUUCCUUCCCACCCCAAGUGAGUAAAUAUUUGCUGUGGAGUACAACAUUUCCCAUUCAACACAGCCUCGAGAGCUUAUCUAACAGCCAGGACCAGUCCAGAAUAAAUCCCUAAACCCUUCCAUUGAGCCUUUGCUGCAGAUAUUAAGAGUUCAUAAAGAGUUCAGUUGUGGUUUGUGAGUACAUCAGCCAACCGAUAUUAACAGGGUAUUUUACAGACUUUAAAGUAUAGAUGACAUCUGGAUAUUAAAGCAAUAUUAUUGGGCCUUAUUCAUGAAACAUGAGCAGAAUUCAAUUCAUAAAUCCAUUCUUGCAUAAAGAGUUGCAUUGAAUUGUUGAGUUACAUUUUCUCCGAAAUUUGUUCUGCUCCCGAAACACGAGUAAGCCUCAUAGAGCACCAGUGUUGGGUGUAAUCAGAUUCCAAAGUAAUUACUGUACUUUUUGUCUAAAAAGUAGUGUAACAUUACAUUUUGUAUUCUUGUAAUCAGAUUACAGUUGUAGACUUUCAAUAAAUUACUUUUAAGUACAUUAUCUGGGUUUCGCAUAUUUCUAAAAUAUUAUGUAGGCUCAAUUUAAGCAUGAAAUAUGUUCAAAUGUACCAUCUGUUUGCAUUUCUAUUACAGAUAAAGAGUCACUAACAAGACAUUGUACGGAAAACAUGGAGGAGGAACUAUAGACCUUAUUUUGAAUUUGAUGAGUGAAAAAACAAGUGUUUUAGGAAUUGUUUUAAUUAGUAAUGCAACUACUUCCGGAAGUAAUCAGUAAAGUAUUCCAAUUAAAAUGUUAGAAUUAAUUAUUAAUAGUGGAUUACUUUUUUGUGUAGCUUUCCCAACACUGUUGAGAACAUAUUUUAAAACAUUAAAACAUUUUAAAACCUUUGCCUUCACAUAUCUUGAUGUUUGUGUCAAUAAAACACUAUACAUCAUAUAAUGUAUAGACAAAUGACAAUUUAGAGAGUAGGAUUUUGCACUAAAACACUAAAACGGUUCAUAUAUUGUACAAUCAGAUAAACUGAAAACGCCAGGCUGAACUGUCUUUUUAAAUCACAACUUCACGGACAGAACAUUUACUAAUGAAGUGCAGCAAAUCUGGCAAAUGUGGCUGUUUGUCAGGUGCCAUUAGGUUAGUGUCUGUGGUUUUAGUGCGCCGAGCCCUGAUGUCCACCUUCAUUAAAGAGCAGUUGAGGCUGUGGGUGAGGGUAGAAGAGGAUUGGCCUCUGGGUUUGUGGAAAUCUAAUCUGAGCCUCUGAGGAAUGCCAUUGUGUGAAGGACAACAUAUUAGAAAUUGCACAUGCAAAUGGCAAUUACAAGGGGCUUUCCUCCAAUUCUCAACAUCAUUUUUGUUCCCUUAAAGGUCUCUGGCCUCCAAGAUUUCUGGAAUACGACAAUGCAAUGAGAUAGGUACUUGGAAAUAAAUGACACACAAUGGUUUUUGUGCGUUUUAAUGCCCCCAUGAAGUUAUAAUUUGAGCUUUGUGGCUUUUAGUCCAUGUCUACCAGCUUAGAACUGUUCUCUCUAAAAGCUGAAAAAAAUGACCUUUUAUUAAAAUGUACAGUCUUUCUGUUCCAAGAAAAAAAGACCAAAAACUUGGAUGACUCUCAUUCUAGAGAGUAUUUGACUGUAACUUGAAUGUCCCUCCCCUGGCAAAAGACUAGCAAGUUGCAACUCAUAGUUCAUGGCUGUGACAUAACUAAAGCCUAUUGGCUCGUUAAAAAAAAAAAAAAAAAGGGACGAUGCCUUUGACUAAAUACUAAAGAAACUAUGGAUAUGCACGAAUAACCGAUUAAUCGAGUACUCAUUCAGCUUUAAAUGUUUGUCUAAAAAAAAAAACACUACUCAAAUAUUGCAAUUUGACCUUCCUUUGUGCCUUUGCCUACCAUGGUCAACAAUAAAAAUGCUUCUCUCACCAUAUCUUCAAUCUUCUUCAAUCUUGCCAUAAUAAUCUUGCAUGAUGUUGUUAAAGGAAUAGUUGACGCAAAAAUUUUAAUUCUGUCAUUAUUUUGUCAUUUUUGUAGUUUAUGCAUAGUGGUCAUUUUUUUCAUUAAAAAAUAAAUAAAUAACAAAUAAAGGCUGAAUUUUAAUUCUAAAUUUCAAGUAAUUGAUUACUCGUUUUUUUUGUGUUAGAGUACUACAAAAUUACUCUAAAUGCCCAUCCCUAAAAGAAACCUUCCUAAACUAGCCAAAAAAUAAUAAUAAUAAUAAUUUUCUGAACUUUAAGGAUUUGUAGGCUUGACACCUCAGGCCUCAAAUGUUUUUAACACUGAUCGUGGCAUCCGUACACUAUACUCUUUUCGAAACUUUUUAAACCAUACAAACUGAAAUACAGCUAUUCAGAGAGGUUUAGUAGGUCAGAAUUGCAGCCCUAGGCUAUUUAAAAAAUAUAAAAAAAAAAAAAAAAAAAAAAAACACGUUAUUAUAUGGCCAAAUCUACCUAUAGCCCCCCCCAAAAACAAAAGAAAUCUCAUUAAAGGAAAACUCUAAUAUCUAUUAUUUAUAUAACCGCAAAUACAGGUUAAAAAAAAAUAAAAAAUUGUUUGACUAGCUAACUGGCCUCGUUUGCAUUUAUCGACACUAAGAAUUAAAAACAAUUUUCCACCCAUUUCCAAAAUGGGAGAGCGCUGAGUGUUUUUCCAACAGCAAAAUGCUAUAGUCAUAACAGGAUGUAGGAAAGCAUCUAAGACUUUAUUAUAAAUCAGAUUUGACUUGAUUAUCCCCUGCAGUGUAAUGCAGCCUUGCAUUAUAACAAUCUUUCUGCACUGUGUUCAUAUGCCUUCAGAACAGCCCUGCAAAUACACACCUGCUCUCUCCAACUUCACAUGGCUUAUGCACUUAAUGGUAAAAAAAAAAAAAGAAAAA